AUGGCCGAGGACCAGACCAGCCAAAAUUUAACAGUCGCCGUCCGCGUCCGGCCCCUGUCGGCGACCGAGCAGAAGCGCAAGGUCGCGAAGGUCGUCCAGUCCUCUGGGAACCGUGUUAUUGUCACCCAUGGCCCCGGCGGGCGAGGGCCCGACCGCACGUACAAUUAUGAUAGAGUCUUCUCGCCCUACGCGGCCCAAGAACACGUCUUCGAGAGUUUAGUAUCACCCGUGGUCGAUGAAGUGCUCCGAGGUUUUAAUUGCACGGUCUUCGCGUAUGGGCCCACCGGUACGGGGAAGACCCACACCAUGGAAGGCACUUCUGAGGAUGCCGGCCUGGCACCGCGCUGCGCCAAAGCACUGUUCGCGAGGCUCGAAAAACAGAAGACAAAAGCUGGGGAAGCGGACUUUCAGAUCAAGGCGAGCUGCCUCGAGAUCUACAACGAGGAGCUGAGCGAUUUGUUCGCUAUUGAUGAUGAGCCUUCACAAAGAACGACGUCCGCCGCGAUGGCGUUACAUACAAAACCCAACCCCCAGAAAAGGCCUCUGAGGUUGGUGGAAGCGGCCAAUAAAUCAGGAGUGACCUGCGCCAACCUCGAGGAGGUCGUGUGUGGUGACGUCGACGCUUGUCUGAAGGCCUUGCAGAAAGGGGCGUCCAAUCGACGAAUCGCGUCGACAAAAUGCAACGACAAGUCGUCUCGGUCCCACGCCUUGUAUACGCUGAAGGUCUGCGUGCGGUCGCUGACGGAAGACGGGCGCGACUUGAUCGUGAACGGUCAGUUGAAUCUCGUUGAUCUCGCAGGGUCCGAGUGCGUCGGCCGAUCGGGCGCGACGGACAAGCGCGCGCGAGAGGCCGGUUCGAUCAACCAGUCGCUCUUGACGCUCGGUAGAGUCAUCACUGCAUUAGUGUCGGCAGGAGAGUCGAAAUAUGUACCAUACAGAGACAGCAAACUCACAAGGUUGCUCCAAGAUAGCUUAGGCGGCAAGGCGAAGACGACGUUAAUAGCCACGGUCGCCCCCGGCAAGGACUGCGUCGAGGAGACGCUGUCGACGUUACAGUACGCGCUUCGGGCUCGAUCCAUCCAAAAUAGACCCGAGCAGCACGCUAGGUACCACGGGAAAGCGAUAGUAAGGGCCCACGCGCGGGAGGUCGACGAGCUCCAACGGUUACUGGCUUGUCAGCGGGAGAAGAACGGCGGCAUCUAUGUGGACGGGGACCAGUGGGAGAGCAUGCAGGGGGAAUUGGCGUCUCGCAAGGCCGAGCUUGAGGAGUUGGGCGAGGAGCUUGCCAAUGCUCGUAUCCAGGCCCUGGAGGCGGAGAAGAAGUUGGACGACGCGCGCGAGGAGGCCGACGCACAGCGGGAGCUGCGUGUUUCUGCGGAGAAGGCGCGCGACGAGGCGCUCGAGGGGAAGCGACUGGCCGAGGAGGCGCAUCGGGCGGAGGUACGAGCGCAUUCUGAUACUAAAAAAGUGCUCGAGGCUCAUCAGAGGAAUGAGCGCGUCUUGUUACAGCAUGGAGCGUUGCUCAAGGGUCAUGUCAGGGAGGCGGCUCAAGACUUGGACGCGUCCGCCGAGGAGUUGCAGCAGUGGCGCCAGGCUCUAGAUGACACGGUGACGAAAUGUAAAGCGACGGCGUCGUCGCUGAGUGACGAGCGGAAGCCGGCCUUGACCGAGGCCGUCGCGGCCCUCGAAGCGGCUCUAGAAAGACAAUCCAAGGACGCGGAACGCGCUCGUGCAUCGCUAGAAAAGGGCGCGUCGACGGCGCUGCAAGAGUGCGUCGACGCGCUGCGCGAGGGACCCGUGGCUUCGUUGUGCCGCGCCGUAAAAGCCGCGGCGGCCGAGGAUUUGGACCUCGCGUCGCAGCGGCGAGACCGCGUCGCGACGAUGAUGCGCGACGCCGUCGACGGCAUCGGGAACGUUCAAAAGGCGUCGGAGACGAUGGCCGAUAACGCGAAGGGACGAGCCCAGCGCAUCUCUCACAUCUUGAAUGAAGCGCGACAGGCGCUCGACCGGGCGAAGGCUCACAUGGAGGAGAGUGGAGCGUCUGUGAUGGAGAAGGCCGCCGAGGGUGCUGAGAAAGUUAUCGAGGCGGCGAGGCCCUGCGUGGCACGGGUCGACGAGGCUGCGGCCGCGAGACAGGCCUUCGCGGAAGCGCGCGAGAUCGCGUUGCAGGCCUUCCGGGCCCAGGAGGCGGAGGCACGAGAACAGCGAAGGGCGGAGCUCGAGAAGACCCUCGCCGCGUGGGAGGCUUCCAGUGAAGAACGGGCCGCGGACUUCGCGGACGCUCUUGCAAAGACGGAGGCCGACGCCUCUGCGAAGCUCGCCGCGGCGGACGACGUGCAGAGGACGGCGCUUUCUACAUUAACGGACGAGACCGUGCCCGCGUUCGUCGCCGAGGUGCAGGGCGACGUCACAAGACUCGUCGAGCGCUGCGGCGACGACUUGGACGCCGUGUCCGGCGAUCUGCCGCUGGACCAGGUCGCCUCGUUCCAGAGCGACCUCGAUGGGGCGGCCGUCUCUAGUAUUGCGGCGGCGGCGUCCAAGGCCGGUGAGGCGGCUUCAGUCGAGGCGGGCGACCUCGACGCGUGCGAGACGGAGGCGUGUGGAGCGGCGCGUAUCACAAAAGCGGACGCUUUGAUGGCGACGGCGGCCGAGGCCGCGCGCGCGGCGAACGAGAACCUCGCCGGGGCCUGCGAGGCGUCGGCGGCGGCCUUGCAUGACGCGGCCGCGAGCGCGGCGCGCGCGUCGAAGGAGGCGGCGCAGCGCCACGCCGUGGUUGUUUCUGGUGCCGUCGACGCGGCCGCGACCUUGGGUGAGGAGGCGGCGGCGACGGCCGCGGCGCGGGCCGAGGCCUCCGUUCCAAGGGAGGGCGCGCCGCACGUGGCGCGAAGUGAUAGCGUGGCCCUCGACCCGACGCCGCCGGCGGCGCAGAUCUUGGCGGCGGACGCCCCGCCGCCGGCGCCUCCCGUAGUACGGGCGCCGGCCGCCGAGAACGUGCCGCCCGCCGCGCCGCCCGUAAAGGCGCCGCCCGCGCCGCCGGCGAAGGGCAUCCUCUCGCGGCGGCCCGAGGGCCUGCCGCCGCUGCGUUCGCGGUCGAACAACUAGCUGACAAGACCAACGACUCUUUCGCGCGCGCUCUUCCCCUCCCCUCCGAUUUAACACUGGGUGUGCGCUGAUUCACUUUAGAGCGAGUCGCUUAUUGAGCUAGCCCUCUUAGCACGGCCGAUCCGUUAGCAAACCUCGGGGGGACUAUUGUUACGCAAACCUCGGCUAAAAAAAUGCUAGUGCCUUACAGGCCGCUAGCUAACUCGAUUUUUGGGGCCGCAGCAGCACGCCUCCUGUGCAAGCCUCGGCCCAAUAGCCAGCGUUUCGCAUCACCUUAGAAGCGCUGAGUUGCAGGGGUACGGAGAAAUAGCGCGCCAGAGGGCUGCUGCAGGCCGGAGCGCAUUUCUCCCUUGCACCACUCGCAGGGCCGACAGCUGUAGGCGUCGACGCGACAGCUGACGCGUCGACGCGACGUCCCCGACGCCAUCGGCGCGACAGAACGAUGGCCACCGCCACCUUCUCGACGCCCGUCCGGGAAGCCCUGGCGAAGUACGGCGCCUAGCUGUGUGGAAUCAAACAGUGAGUUAGUUUCCUCGCGUCGAUGGCGUGCAAUCUACACGCCAUCGAGCAGAUGCUGUUACGGGGACGACGUCGCGUCGAUGGCGUGGGGCAUCCAAAAUUUGAUUUCCACACAGACAUACAGGAUUUAGCGUUUAGCAACGAGUCGCCGAGGUUUCGGGCCGGCUACGAUUGGCACCGGCAAGAGUUACAAAUUGCAGAUGAACAUUUAGAGCGACUCACGAGUGGAAGUCAAGCGGUCGUAAGGGCCUUACAAGUGCUCGGAAGUGCCUCGGGUCGACUCGCAGCUGAUCUAGAAAGGACGCCGGCCGUGUUUCAAGCAUUACCAGUCACAGCCCGACUAGCCGGUGUUUUGCAAGAUCUGGCGUCGGCCGGUGAUGUCUUAGCUGAAUCGUUAGAUCUCUCAUUACGGACACCCUUGGACGCCCUGCGGUCUGAUGUCAGUAGAAUCGACGACAAAAAACGCGCGUGCGACCGCGCCGACGACCAAGCUUCGUCUACGGAGGCCGAUUUAUUAAGGGGCGACUGGCGGCGAGUGGAGAGAGAUGUGUUGAGAGGCGAGAAGCUGCGGAGUCGGGGCGAGGAGUCGGACCUGCCUCGAAGCAUCGCGGCCGUGGUCGAUCAACGCGCUAGGAACUGCGCGGAAUCUCGGAGGUUGGCGGAACUGCGACGGUUUGAACUCGCGAGGUUCACGUCAUCGUUACGACGACGGACGGGGCUCGUCCUGGCGGAAGCCGCGUUAGCUGCUCUCUGUUCCUUGCGGGCGUUCCACGCCCAGGCCGCGCACGCCGUCUCCGAUGCGACCACAGCGGCGCAUGCGGCACACACCACAAUCGCGAACGCGUGCGACGCGGAACGGGCGCCCUGGGAUUACCGCAUGCUCAAGUUGCAGGAGACGUUGAAUGCGAUGCCCCACCUCUCGUCCCAAAAUUCGAGCUUCGUCAAGGCCCACGAGGGUCAACCAGUAGAUGAUUUGUUGAGGGCCGCGGAGAGCGCUUACGGCACUUAUGAUGUUGAGUCGAGGUUGUCUUCUCUCUAUGCUCCUUCUCAAACAUCUUCCUCGUUGGAGGGCUACCUCUGGUGUCAAACAGUAGGUAUUCGGAGCGGCCCCUGGCAGCGGCGCUACUUUUUACUUGGAAGUGCGGAGCUACGCGUCUCCAAGAGCGAACCUUCGACGAUCGGUGGUUUGUUGUCGGCAGCUCUCGCUAGAGAGUUAUCCGAGGACGAGAUGCGUCAGAACAACGACGACGAGACGGAGUUAGUUGCUACCCUUUUACUCUCUUCGGUGAAAACGUGUACGACCGCGAGGUGUGCCUUCGAGGUCCGAUCCGCCCACGGCUCACCGUUACGCUUGCAAGCUAGAGGUGAUGCGGACCUCACGAGGUGGACGCAAGCCAUCACCAAGGCCAUCGCCGACCAAUUGACCAGAACACCAAAAGCUUCGAAGAAGGUCGCGACGCCCGCACCAGUGAUGACGAAGACGCCCUCGUCCAAGAGCCCUUUCCUGCGGCGGACCGUGUCUACGUCACCCGCACCAUUACCGAAGCAAGGUGAACUGCUCCGUUCAUUUUCGUCGCCCGAGAUGAAUGAUAGACCCUACACGCCGCCGCCGCCGCCGCCCGCCGCGUCGCCCACCGGAAUAAGGGAGGCCGCGCGGUUGCGGCGCGUCGCCGCCGUCGAAGCCUUAUCGACGACUUGUUGUGACUGCGGUGCUAAACGCCCUGAGUGGGCGGUCAUCAAUCGCGGGUGUUUGGUCUGUUUGAGGUGUUCCGGCGUUCACAGAAGCUUGGGCACGCACGUCUCCAAAGUCCGUUCGUUGCGCUUGGAUCGGCUAUCGGACGCGACGCUACGCUUUUUAGAAGCUGUGGGCAACGACCGAUGCAACGAGGUCUUCGAGGCGGCUUUGGCGCCAGACAUGAAGCCCCGCCAGAACACGGACUCGAAACGGCUGCAAGCGUUCAUUCGCGCGAAGUGGGCGCAGCGGGCCUACGUUUCCAGCGACGGUGUGGAUCCGGAUGGCGCGUUGCGCGAUGCCGUCAGUUCAUCAGACGUCUUGAGCGCUCUUGCGGCGCUGGCCGCGGCGCCGGACCCCUCGGCGUUGCUGGCGCGGCGGGACGGCGGCGAGGCGCCCCUGCACCUCGCGGCGCAGAAAGGCGACCUCGUCGUCGCGGCGCUGCUCGUGCUGAACGGCGACAGCGGCGAGUUGCUGAACGCGGUCGACGCCGAGGGGCGGCGGCCGCACGACCUGCUGUCGGGCGACGCGGCGGAGGCGCUCGCGGAGCUGCUGCGGCCGCGGUAGUAGGGGG